AUUGACGAAAUAUUUCAGAAUUUGCUUUAGAACUGGAAAAAAAAAGUAAAACGCGUUCUCUGUAAGGAUUUUAUUUUGAAAGUUUGGGUGGGCGGGUGCGUGCACUUGGCAUCUCCGAGCAGUUGCGCUGUCGACGCACAUCUGGAAAGCGGGUCCGGGCUGAAUUUGAAACAAACUGCCUCAUCCAGCUGCGCACAACGUUUUUAAGGUUUCUCCACAGUUUGCUCUUUCUCUUUUAUUUUACGCAUCGGAUGUGUGGCGCGUCACGGAAACAGCGUGAAGUAAAGCUGCAACUCGGCUCGCCGUCGUUGGCCUGAACAGCUCGGAGACAGCCGUUCCAACAGCUGGAUGAGGGCUGGAAACAUCUGCGCAAAAUGCAGCAGCAGCUGAGCGGCUCUGUGACGCCUGUGCUGGAUGAAACAUCCCGGGAAUGAAUCGGAGCGAUCCGUGCGCAUCGCAGGCUCAGGGGACAUGAUAGGAACCGUUUGCCUUCGUUUCAAAUUAUCUAGAGAAGUUUAAGACGAGCAGGAAUCCUCAAGUCCAUCAGACAGGAAUGAAUCACAUGAAGUUUAACUCGGAGCCUUUGCGUGCUCUGCCGCCGAGACCACCGAGUUUACCUGCAGCUUCAGCUAAGAGGCGCUUUGUCAAGUUGGGAAGGAAGACCAGUGAUGGCUCUCAGCAAUCAGUGUCUUCCGCCAGCAGCUCCUCCACCAGCAGGUCAGCAGAGAGUGCGGCCGUCAGACAGUCCAGCAAGAGCCGCAUCCAUCGCCAAACCAACCGUCUCUCAGGUGUCUUCCUCCGCGGCCCCACCUCCUCUUCAGGCUCCAUGGCACUGACAGCAGGCAUCAGGUCCUCACUGUCCAUCCAGUCCAGGAAGGGAAGCACGAUCUCUGCAGAUGCUCUACGAGAAGACGACCCAUCUGAGCUGUCCAAUCAGAUAACAGCUCCGGGAAUCCUGAAGAUCUUUGGAAAUGAAAUCUGUGAGGGAGCUCACUAUAAGAGUGUCCUGGCCACCACACACUCCAGUGCUAAAGAGCUAGUCAAAGAGGCCCUUGAACGGUAUGGCCUGGGCAAGGAGGAAGCAGAGUCCUAUGUUCUGUGCGACACCAUCGGCUCCACUGGAGAUCAUCGGUGGAGGACAGAAGGGUUUCGAGUGGUGGGCGACAAUGAGAAGCCCCUCCUCCUGCAGUCACUAUGGAAACCAAGAGAAGGCCUGGCGAGACGCUUUGAAAUCCAGAAGAGAAGCUCAGUGGAGGAGAAGACAUCCAAAGACAAAGACACCAUCACUGCUGGAAUCAAUGCACAGGCUCGAAAGCUGCAGAAGAGCCGCUCCAGAGUGACCUCCACCCUCAUCGAGAGGACCAUGGGGCGAGGCCAUAAACUGUGGAGGAGCAAAAGUGAGAUGGACCUGUUAGACUCAGACACAGAGACCAACCAGGACACAGAUAAAGAUCACAAGGAUGGAAGCGAGAGUCUGAAUCAAACUCUGAGCUACGAGUGCCUGAAAACAAGCCCUGAACAGAAUCACAUUCAUAGACUCGCGGGUCCCUCUGAGGGGGACGGCAGGUCGCAGUCCAAAACAGAGACCCUCUGUCCAUCAAGGCCGAGAGGCGAGCGGGAAGGAGAGGAGUCAGAGAGGGAGGAGACGGAGAGCAGCGACGAUAACACCACACAGUACUCCAUUCACCCUCCUCACGACUGUCCGUACCUGCUGCUGCUGCAGGGCUGCAGCCCCGCACAGGACUUUGUCAUCUACCUACUUGCUGCGCCAAACCUUGUUUUUGGUCGGCAAAGUGAUCAUGAAGACGGUUCCAAGUCUGACGUCCUCCUCUUUGCCUCUGACAUCCUUCCGAGACACUGCUUUUUCCAUCGUCAUGGCGUUGGCAGCCCUACCAUGCUCUGCCCUCGUCAAAACGCCAUGGUUACAAGGAAUGGUGAAGUGCUGAGACAAGAAGCGCAGCUAAACCCUGGUGAUGUCAUCGGGUUGGGACAGCACUACCUGUUUCUUUUUAAGGAUCCCCUUGCUUUGACACACAAGGAAGUGAACGAUGCUGCUCCCGAGCCCAGCAUGACUGCUGUCCCCUGGAUGCUGGGUCACACCACGUCUGCCACCACAACAAGCCACACUAGAGACACGAUCCUCUGUAACACCUGCAUCUCAACCUGCACUGAGCUCCAGAGCUCCAGCAGCCAGCAGUCCCUAAACAGAGGCCUUCCCUUUUUAAAAUCACCUGAAGGCCACAACCUGACUCUGGAAUAUGACAGUGAGGACGAGGAUCGCAUCGUCAAGGAGAUAGUUGCUAUGGGAAGGACCAGCGUCAAAGACAGACCACCAUUGACUGUUGCAUUUUUGCUGUGUCUGUGCAUUCAGUAUUCAUCCACAUGUCUUCAUACAUCACACCUGCGCAGGCUGCUUUUGCUCAUUGCAAGUGGAGUUCAGAGUUCCUUGUGGGAGCACACAAAGGACUUUGCUGCAGUCCAACCUGAAGUUCUCAAUAAUGAAGGCUCAAACCCAGAAGACCUACAGGCUCUCAGCCAGCAGGAGGUGAUCUCAGGACUUCGCCCCCUGGUGGUGUGGAUGUCCAACAGUCUGGAGCUGCUGCAGUUCAUCCAGUACCAGCUGCCUUUUAUUCUGGAGUGGAGAACCCGAAAAGAGCAGGGACAGGAAGACGAAGACGGAAGGGAAGAGGAUGAGAACAAAGAGGUGGAGAACUUGGCCCUAUUGGAGCUACGUCUGUCCUGUGUCCGUUCAGCCAGUGAGGAGACCAUGGCUGUCCUCGAGGAGGUGAUCAUGCUCGCCUUUCAGCAGUGUGUGUAUUACAUCACCAAGGUCCUCUACCCUGUCCUGCCAGGCCUUCUGGACUGCAACCCCUUCAGGGAGAGUCCUGAUCUGCAGGUGACUGGAGAUAGUGCCCGGGUCGUGGGUGGCGGUGGACUGCAGGUCCCCGGUGAGAUCCAGCAUCUCGUGGAUGUUCUGAGCGAGAGCUGGAGACUACUGUGUGACUGUCAGCUCCACCCAGAGAUUUCCUCACAGCUCAUUGGCUACCUCUUCUACUUCAUCAACGCAUCGCUCUUCAACUUGCUCAUGGAGAGAGGCUCUGAGCCAGGUUUCUACCAGUGGGCCAGAGGCGUUCACAUGCGGGCCAAUCUCGACUUAAUCCUGGACUGGGCCCACACAGCUGGACUGGGAGAACUGGCCUUGGAGCAAACACACACGCUCUCAUCGGCUAUCAAUCUGCUGGCUACACCUCGGAAGAAUUUACUGCUGACAUCGUGGGUGUCCUUGCGGUCUGACUACCCGGCCCUGAGUCCGGCUCAGCUGAACCACCUGCUGAGUCUUUAUAGCCCAGCAUCUCCCUGCAGACACACCUGGACUCCAUCUGUUCAUGACCAGGCUGCAGCAUACAAAACUGCUGAUAUCCUGGAGAGUUUUGAUACCCACCAUCCUCUGGUGCUGCCAGAUGGGGGUUACCAGUUCCAACUGAGUAGGCAGGUGACAGAUUCAGGCCUGAGGGAACAGCUGGACAAGCUCAAAGAGUUCAUGUCCACCCUUUCUGACUCACACUCCAAUGAGGUCAAAGCUACUGAGGAACAAAAGGGUGGUACCAUUCCCUCUGAGGCCAUACUGACCAAGACGGAUAUCCUUCCAGAAGUCAGUCUUGAAAGCUUGCAUACAUCGCCAGUUGGGAUUGCUUUAUCUCAGGCUGCUGUCCAUGACUGCCAGUCCCCUUUGACGACCUCUGGUGCCUUACCUCCAUCACCCCCAUCACCUCCCUCUCCUUCCUCCACCCAAUACCCGGAUGAGUUCAGCUCCCUCCUUUUGUCCCAGAAGCUGAGAAAUCUGGAGCUACAGAGCAGAGAGAGCAGUGAGAUGAGGACGUCGGCUCUCGACCCCUCCUGUCUCCUCACCCCACCCAACACCCCCCACAUCGUAGAUCCUGGUGAUCUGGUGAAGGCAUACCAGGAUAAAUGGAUGAAGAGUGGUAGUGAGACACUUCCGUGGUCUUCUGAUAUAGAUGCACAUGAUGAAGGUGGACUGGUGUUUGAAUGUCUGUCUGCACUGAAAGUGGACCGCUUGAAGUCUGAUUGCGCCAGUAUGAAAAGAUUUGUCGAACUGAAAGAGGAAGAGGAGGCUGAAGAGGUGGAAGAGCAUAAUGAUGGCAAUAAUGAUGAGGUUUUCAGCUUGGAGCUGGAGCGAGGAGAAAGAGGACUAGGUCUUGCCCUGGUUGACACAAGGGACACUUCCGUAAAGGUGAAAGGCAUCUUCAUCCGUGCAGUGGUCCCAGACUCACCUGCAGCCCGGUGUGAGAAGCUGGUACCAGGAGACAGGAUCCUAGCUGUUAACGGAGUCAGUCUCCUUGGACUGAACUACCAGAGUGGAAAGGAGCUGAUCCAGUCAUCAGGCGACAGACUGCGGUUACUGGUGGCCAGAUCGGAGUGGAUGGCUAAGGUUAUACAGACUGAAUGCUGAUGGCAUUUUUCACUGCUUACUUCAAUGCACCGUGAGCGCACAAGGGCUUGUUAAACAUUCAAGUUCAGGACAUGGACCUUGAGUUGAGGAUAUGGGUGUUGUGAAGACAAAAAUGCACUAUUAAAUGAGCUAUGUCCUGGUUGGAUUGAGUACCAGGUUUAAAUUGCUCAAUGUGUUUUUGCAGCUUUUUCAUUUCCAUUGUAAUAGCAUGAGAGUAAUUAUUGGUGUGUACACUUGAGGCUGUGUGUUGCAAUGAAUAUAGAAUUUGAAAUCCAAACUGAGAGGUCACAGUGUUUCCCACAGAAUGACUCUGUGUGUGUGUGUGUGUGUGUGUGUGUUUGUGUUUGUGU